GACUGUAUCAAACUAUAAGAUUCUCCUCGUUUGAUGCUCUUCUUCUAGUCUCUCUGGCGAGUUUUCUCUUGGAAGAAUCCAAAAAAAAAAAUAAAACAAACAAAAAAUGGUUACAUCCAAUGAGAACAACAUCGUAGUCGAAGCUACUACAACGUCGGUUCUUCAAGAUGAAACGACAAGUAGAAAAUUCGGACAAGAGAUGAAGAGAGAGAAGAGAAGAGUGUUGGGUGUGAUUAAUCAGAAUGUGGCUGGUGCAAGAGGUUAUCCUUGUGUUGUCAACAAGGGAGAAAGCUUAUCUAAGCAAGAAGAAGGAUGCCACAAAGAGAAGCUUCAUCAUCCUCUGAGAUCCUCAGUUACAAGAUCUAGAGUUGAAGAGCCCUCCUUGGAGGCGAAGAAGCUGAAGCCAUCAGUUCCAAGUGAAAACGAUUUCGGUGACUGUAUAUUCGUUGAUGAAGAAGAAGAAGCUACAUUGGACCAUCCAAUGGCUCUGGAGAAGCCAUACACCGAAGCUGAUCCAAUGGAGGAGGAUGUAAAAGUGAAAGAAGAACCAAUCUUUGAUAUAGAUGUCUCUGAUGCCAAGAACUCGCUUGCAGCUGUUGAGUAUGUCCAAGAUCUAUACGCAUUUUACCGCACAACGGAGAGGUUUAGCUGUGUUCCAGUAGAUUAUAUGAUGCAACAGAUCGACUUAAACGAGAAGAUGAGAGCUAUACUAAUCGACUGGUUAAUCGAGGUGCAUGACAAGUUUGAUCUGAUGAACGAGACACUGUUUUUGACAGUGAAUCUGAUAGAUAGAUUCUUGUCCAAGAAAGCUGUUAUGAGAAAGAAGCUUCAGCUUGUAGGGUUAGUGGCGCUGCUCUUAGCCUGCAAGUACGAAGAGGUCUCGGUUCCUGUUGUUCAAGAUUUAGUACUCAUUUCAGACAAGGCUUAUACGAGGAACGAUGUUCUAGACAUGGAGAAAACAAUGUUGAGCACUUUGCAAUUCAAUGUCUCGUUGCCUACGCAAUACCCAUUCUUGAAAAGAUUCCUUAAGGCAGCUCAAGCAGACAAGAGGUGUGAGAUGUUGGCAUCGUUCUUGAUCGAGCUUGCACUUGUGGAGUACGACAUGCUUCGCUUUGCACCGUCAUUACUAGCUGCCGCAGCUGUGUACACUGCUCAAUGUACAGUUGGUGGUGGCUUCAGGCAUUGGAGCAGUACAUGUGAAUACCACUCUCAUUACUCUGAAGAUCAACUCAUGGAAUGUUGUAGGAAGAUGGUGAGUCUUCAUCAGAAGGCGGCGACGGGGAAGUUGACAGGAGUAUAUAGGAAGUAUAACACAUCCAAGUUUGGUUACAUAGCAAAAUGUGAAGCUGCACACUUUCUUGUGUCUGCCUGAUGAGUGAUUGAGCCAAAAUGACAACAAUAACUAGUUUGUACAGCUCCUGGUUGUCGUAGUUUCUGAUUUCCUUUGAGACCAAAAGUAACACACGAAAAGAAGAUGCAAAAAAGUCCAAAUUGUCUGAAGAUUGAUUGAUUGAUGAACUUUUGGAUGAUUCUGUUAGUCACUAUAAAUUGUAACUGUUCCGAGCAGUGAAUAAUAUGAUGAUGAUACAGGUCAUUCUUUGCUUGAGUUGCUCUUUUUCUAUUGAGCAAAAGGAAACAAGAACUGUUAGCAGAUAUGUUUUGUUCGAUCAAUGCCAAAAGAUAUUUCAUCAAUUCGAGUUUUUUUUGUUAAACGCAAAUUGUGGAUGCCUUGCCCCGAACAUAAACUUUUAAAUAUUCAUUAAACAAAAACUGAUUGGGAAUUUAUUACGAGUGGAUGUUCGCUUUAUUCGGUUGGAACUUUUUUUUUGCUAAAUUUAUUCGAUUGGAUU